AUGUUUUCUCCCGCACCAACUUGCUCCCUCCCCACUUUUUUUGGUUCAGGACAUAUAGAGGGAGGAUACAUACAAGGAAGAGGGAAAAGAGAUAGAGACAGGGAGGGAGGGAGAGAGAGAGGCAAACCCAAAGAAAAAAAUCUCGAGUGUGGGCUUGCUUACUUUUUCUCUCUCUCAGUGUGUGUGUGUGUGUGGCACGGGUGCUGUCAGAUGGCCGCGUUGGCCCCGAAGAAUGGAUCGUUUCUUCACGCUUUGCAGCUGGAAAACGAUGCAUUGCGUCGUCAACUGCGGAGGGCUCAUGAGGAUAUGGAGCGUGUGCUUCAGCAGCUUCAGCGCGAGUCGAAGGGAGGCCGUGGAACUGCAGAGGGAGGGAGUCAUGGUGGUCGUCAUGAGGGUGGUGGCGACGCAUGGCACGUCGAACGCCUCGAGCGGCGGUGUGAGCUGUUGGCGACUCGACUGGUGGGAAUUGUGCGGGACAGGCAGUUGUCAGAGUGCGCAGAGAUUCACUUUCUCCUUCGAACACAGGAGGAGGAGCGCCGGUUUCUGCACGAUGCCCUUGUUACACUUCUGGAGAGGCAAAAAGGAUCCUCUGGCGGCGAUGAAUAUGGGGCUCAGACGGAAAAAGAGAUUCAUCCAGGCAUGUUGAGUGCAUUAAUCAUGAGGGUGGCUGAAAAUAUGCAAAGUUCCCGUUCCCAGUUGAAACUGGAGCAGACCGAGCGUAUUAUGCUUUUGGGGCAGACCAUCGAUCUUAUCUUAGACAUACAGAAGGCGAUCGAAAAGGCGGCACGGUGGGUGUACGGCUACCACUGCGAUUUCCUUCACGCGGGCUCUCUCCAAGAGCUGACGUUAUGGAGGGAGGCUCAAAACUCUGGCAUUGUUGGGCUGCGUUCGCUGGCGGAGGUCACCCCGGAUGUUCCACCGCGUACUUCUUUUCGCAAAAGAAGCAGCAACCAUUCAGAACGGCGUUGGCGGGAGGAAGUUGACUGUUCCAUUGAAUUUCCCUCAAGCUCUGUACACCAAACCGAGGCCGCAGCGAACUUUUCUUCACGUAGGGGCGAUUUGCUGGAGGCGUGUGACGUACUGCGAGCAUGUCACCAGGCCUUAACAGGCGUUCGGACUCUUCUUGGUGAUGCUAUGUCCAAUGUCACUUCCUCGUGCUCCUCACGAAAGGGGAAACUGACAAGCGUAGAGGAGCUUUUGAAGGGCUUUCAUCGGGAUCUGCAAGAAAUGGUACGGAGUAACGAGAGAUGCCGAGAGACGUUGGCGCGGCGAUUGGAGGCUGAGAUUGAGGCUCACCGACGAACAGUUCAGAAGUUUGAGGCACGCCUGAAGUUAGCCGAGAGGGAGUUGAUUGAUCAUCUUACCUCUUCACACAAAUUUCAGAAACCGUUGGGAUCCAAUGACGCAGACGCGCCCUCCUUUUCUAAUUACCCCAGCAAGGUGAAGGCAUAUCAUGGCGAAACGGGGGCCACAACGCCGCCCACACCAACAGGAACAACCGCAACGGGAAACCGACGUACUGUGAGGGUCAACAACAAUACUCGGUUUCAGUUUGCUCCAGAAAAGACUGUGCCGCUUUCUCCCCGGCGGGAUUUGCCAUUUGUUUUGGAGGGACAAAAUGACAAGAAACAAAAGAGACGGGGGGAUACCCGUCCUGGCACUCCCCAUAAGGGCAGCGCUUGUGAUGUGGUUUCUUUUUUUCCCCCUUCUUUGCCUUCUUUUGCCGCUCUUGCAGGGCCUCUACCCGAGACGCGGGGGCGGCAGCAUGAGGAUUUGCAGUCCUUUUCGUCCCGAGACAAUUUUGAAGACGGGACGCGCAGCAACUCUACCGGGGAGGGUUCGGUGGCGCACUCUUCGCCUCCACUGCCUGCAUCAAGGAGAGAGCGACACCCUUCGAGUGGCAAAAUCCAGGAGGGUAGGGAGGCGGUGUCUUCGCAACGAUGCGUGCGAUGGCCGCGGGGGGCGGUCUUGCUCAGUCCUUCAGCUUUUUGA